UGCCGUUGCAAUGGCGUUUGCUGCGACGGCACUUUGCGGCAGCAGGGAAAUCGAGGAGAAAGCAGCGACAACCAUCGCCAGCGGAAACGUUAUCGCCCCAGAAAACCCUGGAUUUAUGCAAUAUUCGAUGAACUAGCUCGUACAUUGGUUGUAUAUGCCUUCGCCUUGUGGAUGAAAUUGUGUUCAACGUUUUCCAAGUGUCAAUCACCACCUUAAUGCAGUGGGAUGGCCACAGUGCCGCCUGGGCCUAGUAGCGCACUGCCUGCAUCCCCGGCUGAAAUUCCUCUUUUCCCCGCGGCUGGGAUCGCGGAACCGGUGGUGGAAGACGGAGAGCCGGCGUGCCACGGGGAGCAGUGUGUGCCUGCCGGUACAGGGACGAAGUCUCAGUCGGUAAACGAAGUCAAAAGGUCGGUCAAGAAGAAGCAGAAAAACAUGCUAGCGCGAGCUAGCCCGGCGGCGCUUCACCUCAAAAUGCAAGCCCGAGAGCAGCAGCAGUUGAACGGCUUGUCAAGCCCCUCAGAGGACCCUGACAGCCACCAGCACGUAGGAAACCGGCCUGACAAUCCCAGAUCGUCCGUAGACAACUGUGACAACAGCAUUGGCAGCAACGAGGAGGCUUCUGCCGCUAGGAACAAUAGUGAGCACUGCCAACACGAAGGCCACAGCCCCUGUUCCAAAAACGGCAGUCACUCUCCUCAUGGUAACAAUAGCGUGAACGGGAUGCCGGGUUUCACUACAGCUGAGGCGGCCUGCGAAGCGGGGAAAGAGUUGGACCACACGCCGCCCUCUAGACCUUCGAGUGACGAGCAGCCGGACGCAGCUGGGCCCGGCGGUGAGGAGAGCCAGGCUGACCUGCAGCAGCCGCCGGCCGAGGAGCUCGCCCGGCUCGACUUGAGCGAUUCCCCCGGGGAUAACCACGGCAUCCGCUAUGUCCGCUACGAGUCUGAACUUCAGAUGCCGUGGAUCAUGAGACUGAUCACCAAGGACUUAUCUGAGCCUUAUUCAAUUUACACGUACAGGUACUUCAUCCACAACUGGCCGCAGCUCUGCUUUCUGGCCAUGGUGGAGCAGGAGUGUGUCGGAGCCAUUGUAUGUAAGCUUGACAUGCAUAAGAAGAUGUUUCGUCGAGGCUACAUUGCCAUGCUGGCCGUGGAUUCGAAACACAGAAGGAAAAGCAUCGGUACUAAUCUGGUGAAAAAGGCCAUCUAUGCCAUGGUGGAGGGCGACUGCGACGAGGUUGUUUUGGAGACUGAGAUCACCAACAAAUCAGCCCUGAAGCUCUACGAAAACUUGGGUUUUGUCAGAGACAAGCGGCUCUUCAGAUACUACCUGAACGGAGUGGACGCGCUGCGGCUCAAACUGUGGCUCCGCUAGCAGAAAACAGAAGGGACGGGAGGAGGACGGGACAGCAGGUGCUGUUCACCUCGAACACUUAUCAGCUUGACGGCCUCAGCUCUGCCCUGGUCAUUUCACUCUUAUAGUCACACAUACAGACACCUACACACACACACACACACACUUACACAUAUACCUGUGUCCAAGGAGUAUGCACAUAAGUAUGCAUAAAACAAGCAGACACACCCUCCUUUUAUCCUUGACCUCUGAACAAGCGUUUAGGCAGAAAUGGACUGAAAUCCCACCAGGUGUUACACGACGGGGGUCUCCUGCUGCCUUCUGUGACGAGGGCGGGGCGAGUGAGGGUGACCUCAUUGAAUGGGGGACAUUGCAACCUUGGAAGCUCGGGGGCGCCUGUUCGACCAGGUGUGAGGCAGCUCAAGUGAGGAUGUGCAUCCAGACUCCACCCCCUACAAAAAAAUAACAAAACAAAAAGGACAAGGCACCACACCAAAAUCCUGCAGAACCUGGGACAAAGCAGACUUUUAAAAAACACAAGGAAAAAACUUAAAAAAAAAAAAAAUCAUCACCACAUGAAACAAGGAAGUGGAGCGGUAAACACAGACUGGGAAGAUAUUUGUGGAGUUCAUUUUUGUUUUGUUUUCUCUUUUUUAACCUUAUAUGUUGGGCAGGGGGACGGAAAAAGCUAUAGUUUGUGUGUUUGUACCGCCUGGUGUUUUUCAGAAAGCAAGUGGCUUUUGUUUUUUGUUUUUGUCAUUUGCCGUUGGUUUCACUGUGAGCGAGUGAAGAACACGUUUGUAUGAGUGCGCGUGCUUGGUAUGUUUUUGUCUCCCCAUCCUGUCCAGCAGGUGCAGCACCCCCCUCCCCCGUUGCUGCUGCUGCUGCCGCUGCUUCCAUCACCUGCCUCAGCCCCCAGGACUGAAGCCUGUAAAGAUAUGCAUGCUUUUUGUUUCAAUGUGAGUGCGGGAAUAAGAGCUUGUCGAUUAACUCAGACUGAGGCCAAUCCCCAACUCCCUCUUCAAGAAGCCCAUCCUGUGUUUGUGUACGCAUGUUGGCGCAGAGCAGCUGAUUGAAACAAAUCACUCCAUUAGCACCUCAAACUUUGCCCGACUCGUGGACCGUUUUAAGCUUCGGUGUCUUCAUCGUCAAACCUAGACAGGACGUGGGUGAGGAGUUUUUUUUCUGUUUGCUUGUUUUUUUUGCAGAUCAUAACUUAUUUUUUCUCCCCAAAUGCACUGCCAGCUACUGGAAAAUCCCCCCCUCUCAAAACAAAAAGGAGAAUACAGCAUGUUUAAAAGAGACUCCUCACCAAUGAUGGUGUGGUCCGACCUCUCCUCUCCUACUAAUUUGCAAUAUUAGCCUGAAUCUCCUCGUCGUGAGUGCCACUCAAACCUAUCAGCGCCGACAGCCGCGGCCACAGCGAUCUGCCUGCUGAGUGGGCAAACCUCUGCAGCCGCUUCCGGUCCACCAAAGCGCGAGAUCCGAGACAAAGUGUUACGUAUGCUGGAUUCCUGUAUGAGUGUGCUGUGUGCGUGCAAUUUAAAUUAAAAAAAAAAAAAAAAAAAG